UACAUCUUGAAUUUUGGAUAUUAAAACUUUCGAUUGAUAAUCAUGUUUCAACUAAUCAAAAGUAAAAAUUUGUCGUAAAUGUUAAUCAGAGUAUAAUAUUUAGAAGAUUGGCAAUAUUGAUGAGCUGGAUGCUGGGGCUGGCUGGGGCCAAGAGCAUUGACAAGGAUGGCGAAACACGGAAGUCAUUCAUUGGAAGAUCCGAAGUGUUUUCUCUGUGAUCAGCUGUGAGUCGCCUUUCAAUUUUUAAACAAUAGCUCAAAACUCUCUGGCUCAAAACGUCAAAGAGUCUUUGACUAGACAAUUGUAAUAUUUGUUUACAAAUCAGGUUAUGUUGUGUAUUGAUGGGAUAUUUCAAAUAUGUGGUCCGUGUAAUUGAUAAGCGAUGGAAUAUCACGUAUCACCCAACGUAUUGGACCAUCACAUUGUUCUGAUUAUAACGUGUAAAUAAUUGUCAUAUUAGUGGUUGUUAUUCGGAAGAGUGUGAGGCGCAAUUUCCAAUAGUGUCAUACGCAUGUCAUUUCACCAUGUUCGUUCUCGCAGAAAUGACAAAAACUUUGAGAGUUCCACCCCAUCGGUUCGGAAUUAAUCUUAAUGAAGCAAUCGCAGAAGAUCUCACCAAAACCCUAGUUGGCAAGGUUAUAAAAGAGGUUGGAUUGUGCAUUGCCCUUUUUGAUAUUACGUGCAUAAAAGAAUCCUUUAUUCUUCCUGGAGAUGGAGCAGCUCAUACAAAAGUUAAUUUCCGAUUAGUAGUAUUCAAACCAUUUUCUGAAGAAGUAAUUUUAGGCAAAAUAAAAAAUUGUAGUGAAGAAGGUGUGCGUGUGACUCUAGGAUUCUUUGAUAAUAUCAUUAUAUCACCAGAAUCUCUUCAGCAACCAUGUAGAUAUGAUGAAGAUGAGAAAGUAUGGAUAUGGGAGUAUGAGUCAAAAGAUGGAAAGCAUGACUUGUUUAUGGAUCCAGGUGAGCCAAUACGAUUUCGUGUAACAGGAAACAAAUUUGUAGAAACUAUUCCUUGUGAUAGCAAACCUGAAGAACAAGAAUCUUCUGAAACUACUGAAAAAGAGAAGAUUGCUCCGUAUACUAUAACAGCAAGUAUUAGUGAACCAGGUCUAGGACUGGUAUCUUGGUGGACAUGAAAUGUACUUGGAAGACAUGAAAACUGUUGUGGAAGCAUCAAGAAGUGUUGGAAAGUACAAUUAAAAAAAGUUUCUGACUCAGUUUUAGAAAAUUUUAAGAUAUUUGUAUCAAAUAUUAAACAUUUUAAAAACUUUCUGAGAAAGAAAAAUAUUGUUUUUACUACUAUAAUACUUUGUUUUUCAUAAUAAGUUCAGACAUUGGAUGUAGUGAAUUGUUGAAUCGAAUAAAUGUUUCAUGUGAAUAAAUUUUAUUCAGACAGAACAACUACUUUAUUGACUUUUGUUUUAAAACUAAGAUGCUGAAUUACCAGUAAGAAAUGUACAAUAUUUACACAUUUUUCAGGUAAUCCUUAUGUUUAAACAGAUACACACUAAGGUCUAUAGUGACUGUACAUUCAGUAGCAUGAAGCUAAGAAGCACCAUACACAGCAACUAAUACAUAUAUGCACAACUUAGUUUUGGGGAAACGACUAAAGGAUUGAUUUUGGAAUGAAACACCUAUAAUAAAAUGAAGUGCAAAUGCCACAUACUGAAAUACAUAAGAAGUAAAUAUAAGCUGUGCAUAAAUUUUUACAAUUGAAAAAAAUUUGGAUGAUGUUUGCACAGUUGUAAACACUUGUUUAGAAAUAAAUGAAAGAUUAACAUACCUCUUACUUUUGGCUAGUCAAACCAGAAGAUAAAUAGCGUUGUGGUUGUUAAAACAAUAUCUCUUGCUCAGAGAAAAGAAUAGACAAGCGCAUUUGGUUUUUCAAUUCACUGUUGGCUUUGAUAUACAUAUUUUUAUAUCAAUUUUCAAGUCUAUUAUGCCUGUUUAUCACAUUGCAGAUUUAUGAAAAUAGUCAUAACAGAGAUAAACAACAUCUUAUCUAUUUCAUAUGGCAUGAAAAUGUUAUUGCAGUGAGAACUACCUUAAUUUAUGUACAUCACAGGUCAGAAGUACAAAGUUAUUACUUGUUAAUUGGUACAACAAGAGGAAUUUUGAAAAUGGGAUAUGCCCCAACAAUGGAGCAUCAACCUCGGUCAUGUGGGCCAUUCUUAUCCUCACUGUGAGAACACACUUAAAAUAAGAAUAAUUAUUGCCUACAGUUUAGAACAGUCUGGCUCAACAACAGCUCACCAAAAGCAAUGGGUUUAGCAAUGCAGCUUAUGCUUCUUAGCAUCUUCAUUUCAUUACAAUAACAAUCACGUCAAACAGACUUGAUAUGUUAUUCAAAGUGUUAUAUACAACUCUCAGACCAUAACUACAAGUAGGUAAUCCUUUUUUAAUUACUAAAAGACAGCACUAUAAACAAUUUUCAUAGUUUGAAUUUGAGGUUGUGUGGUCCACAGAUCAUUGGUUGAUCACCUCCACUAACAAUUGUAGAUGAUCAUUACAAGCGCAAUAAGCGGUCUUGAAGGAGAACACUUAAUUUUCUGCCAGAACAAACUGCCAACAAUAAGGGGCCAUAAAGGAGUCCAAGCUUUGGGAUACACAUUUGUUCUAGCUAACAUUUUUAUGACAAAUAAAAUCACCAACUUGACUAGCACAGUGAAACAAGAGUAAAAGAUAGUGAACAUCAUUGACAUACUGCAAUAUAUCACAAAAACAACACAUUGUUUUCGUAUGUUUGGUAUUUCCUUCUACUUCUUCAUAAUGCUGCUGUGAUACAUCAUCAGAUUUUAAUGUUUGUGAAUCAGAACACCAAUUGUUGCACAACACAAAAAAGCUAGGGAGUGUUCUUCUGGCAGAUCAGAGAAUUUCUCCCUCACUGAACAUGAUUGACUGAGGUACCUAAUGUACUCUCAAUUUGAGAGAAGGUGAUUAUGAAAGAGUGGCAACAUUCAAGGAGAAAGAAAUUGGAGUAAAUAUUCUAGCCAGCUGGUUGACAGCACAUAUAUGAUUUUUCAUCUGACUAUGCAAAUGUUUGGUGUAAAACAAUGGAAAGGCAUUAGGAAGCUUAACAAAAUUUGUCUACUGUGUAGGUUUCAUAUACUGCAUCGUCCAUAUUUCCUUUCCUCGUCUUUAAUUCUCAAAUAGAAUUUUGAGAACAGGUAAAUAUUGCACACAAUUACAUAAAAUUUGCAAUGUGAGGUUUUAUGUACAUAGUUUCGUUUUUUUUUUAUCAGUGGAUAUUAUUGAGCAAAUGCUAAGGGAAAAUAUGAAAUUAUGUAAAUAAAAGAUACAUACGGAAAAAUAUUUGGGAGAAAUCUUUUAUAAACAAUUGUAAUCUAAAAAUUAAAACAAAGUUUUGGAAUGCAUCCUGGCCUACGAACUAUUAAGGUAAAAUAAUUACCAAUCUUCAUAAUAAAAUUUUGAAUUUUAUCUAAAAGAAAAUGGUAAAUUACCAUUAAAAAGAGAAAAUAAUUUUGACUGGUUACAGGUUUGGACAAAUAUUGUUAUAAUUCUAUAAUAUGAAGAAGGUGAAAGGGACAGAUAAUUAUCAGAUAGUGCAGAUAACAGUAUACAAAUGUGAAGAAGUACAUCCUAAAUCAAUAAAACAACUUCAGUCUUUUUGGGAGGCUGUGAUUCCAAAAGCCUCUGUUUGUAAACAAUUUCCCAUGAUUUGGCUCCUUGUAUUUAAAAGCCAGCUGGACUGGAAUGGUGGGAAAAAAUAUACCUGUCAUAUAAUUAACAAUUGUAUUUUGUAUAAUAUUCAAUAGACUUCAGUUGAGUUUGUAUGCAAAUCAGUUUUCAAUCCUCUUGGAGUCCAACCACAAGAAACACUUCACAGGCACACAGUUUGUACCAACACACACAAGAAAUGGUCUUCCAAGGAACUGAAAAAGAAAAAUAAUUUGCCUGCAUCUUUCAUCAUAAAUUUUGAAAUACACUGAAAAAUAUUUUUUUUUCUUUUUAUUCAAUUAUAAGACAUCUAGGUAAAUGUUCUCUCAAAUAGUCAAACAAUUCUCUUGAUGCUCCUGGACAAUUGGUAAGCUCCAACUCUUGAAGGUGCCGAAGCUGUAUAAGGCUUGACAAGCCACUGGAUGUCAAGAGUGGACAACCUGCGAGGGAGAGCACCUGCAGGUUGCGCAUCCCGCAGAGAUGCUGCAACCCGAAGUCUCGCACCUGCGAGCACCAGCGGAGGAACAACGCCGACAGCGACAGCAUGGUGGAGAUGUAGCCCACGCCGAUGUCGGUGAUGUGCACGCAUCUGCAACAGAUUGAACUUCU